CUAUACAGUCAAGACAUGACACUGCAUCAUGACUGUAUAGAACCGCAACGCGGCUCUCGGGUAUACAGGUGUGUACCCAAGAUACAUCUGACCAGAGCCAUGGAUCCUGAGCUGCUCAAGGGAAGGACUAAGUUUCUUCAACGAGCCAAGGCUCAGCCAUCUGUAGAGAAGAGAAAGCACAAGGCUGAUGAAAAUGAACACAAGUCCAAAAAGCAGAAGAUCAAAUCAUCGACGCCCAAACCCAAACAGGCAGCACCCCUGGACUACAAGACGGCACAAGGCAGUUCGCAGUUCAAGUUUGGUGUCCUGGCUAAAAUAGUCAAGCACAUGAAGAUUCGACAUCAGAAUGGCGAGCCAGAGCCGCUGGACAUCGAGGAAAUACUAGACGAGACAAACCAGCUGGACAUCGGCAGCAGGAUGAGACACUGGCUCCACACAGAGGCUCUUAUAAACAAUCCGAAGAUUAUCGUUGUUGAAGAACGGAACUUGAAGAAGUUCCUGUUUAAGCCUAAGUAUGAGGUGAGAGACCGAAAAAGCCUGAUGAAGCUGUUAAAGAGCUACGACCUGCACGGACGAGGCGGAAUUCUUAUGGAAGACAUUGAGGAGUCGUUGCCUGAUGCAGCCAAAGUCUUCAAACAACUCGGUGAACAUAUCAUCUACGUGACAAGACCCAUGGACAAGAAGAAGGUGCUAUAUUACAACGACAAGUACUGCCAGUUUAAGAUAGACGAAGAAUUCCAGAAGAUGUGGCGGAGUGUUGCGGUGGACGGUCUGGAUGAGAAGAAGAUCGAGGAAUACCUGGACAAGCAUGGCAUCACCUCCAUGCAAGACCUCGGACCCAAACCUGUUAUGGCUGUCAAACGGAAGAAGGGAGGAAGUCGGAAAGGGAAACAGUUCAAGAAGCACAACGACCAUCUUGACAAUGUCCUGGAAGACUAUACCCACGGCAUAGCUAACAAGAAGACGUGACACCAAGGUCACCUUGACCAGAGGAGAUCAUAGAGUGAAAAAGGAUUUUAAUUCAUUCUCAUACCUGUGAAGGACAACAGUUUGAAUGAAACUUAGUCUGCCUGACAGUCCUUGAACCAAAUUAUUUGUUUCUGUCAAAAAUAUAUAUUUUCAAAGACUAAGCAUCAUUCUAAAUGAAAGUGUACUUUGUAAUAUUUUAUUCUCUUUGAACAUGUGAAGAUCUACUAUUUUGUAUAAUCUUCAGGGUCAUCUUGUAAUGUCAAGGUCAGUUAUUAUUACUUUUUUGUGUGGCGGUGGGGUAGCCUAAUGGUUAAAGCGUUGGCUCGUCACGCCGAAGAGCCGGGUUCGAAUCCCCACAUGGGCACAAUGUGUGAAGCCCAGUUCUGGUGUCCCCUGCCGUGAUGUUGCUGGAAUAUUGCUAAAAGCGGCGUAAAAUCAAACUCAGUCAGUCAGUAUUAUUACUUUUGGUUGUUCUGGUAUGUUGUGGCAACCUCUAGGUCACAAACCAGAACUAGUCCCUGUCUGUGCUGAUCGGGAGAGACGAACAAAUUGAUUGUCCUGUUGUUGACUUGGUUGUCUGUUCCAGACUUGAUUAUUUACAACCACCACAACCAGACAAGAAUUGUUACCAUGGUUUCAACAUAUACACAUCAGUUUAAAUAAUGUCUUGAUGGUAUGAAGCUACACUGUUCAUAGGAAUCGGAUUAUAAAUCAUAAGAUGUUGAUGUACUUGAAUCCGUUCAUAUAACUGGCAUGAAGCGUAUUAUGUGGAACAUUA